AUGGAUAGUGGUUCAUUGCUCGUGGGUUUGAAAUCGGAAAACAGCGUUUAUGUGAAGGAUUUGUUGAAGUCUGUGGAUUCCUCUAUGUGGCCAGUCGAAACUCUCAUCCCAUUCGUACUGAAGGAGGCGUUGCGGUCUCCCAAGAAUCACACUGACCUCAUCUACAUCGAGAAAUGUUUUAGGAUGUUCACUGCUCUGCGACGAUUACAAGAGCUGCAAAAAAGAGAGGCAGUCGAACUGCAUAAGAUGUCCUUGCUCAUAGAAAGCAUAAGUGCCAUGUUGAAAUACAAGAAUGUCAACGAUGUGGACAAGUUGGGCGAUUACGUGAUGCGAAAAUUCCAGCUGAUUGUGAUACCGUUUCCUGUACUCUGA